GGCCUAAGGCCACAGAGCCGCAGCGGCAGCCAUUUUGGGUUGCUCUGGGAAGGGGCUGAAAGGGUGGUGGGCCGGUGGGGUCCUGCUCUCCACGGGCCCUGUCAGUGCGGACGGGAGGAUGUGACGCGGAGAAGUCCGGAGUCCCCGACACGGCGGCGGCGUUUUCCCUGGCGCCGGGGGAGAUGGACUCUGGAGCCCGCCAGGGCGGUGGCGCCUUAGGACAAUCCCGCGAGUAUAAACUAGUGAUGCUGGGAGCUGGCGGCGUGGGCAAGAGCGCUAUGACCAUGCAGUUCAUCAGCCACCGGUUCCCAGAGGACCAUGAUCCUACCAUUGAGGAUGCUUAUAAAAUACGAAUACGGAUUGAUGAUGAACCUGCAAAUUUGGACAUUUUGGACACAGCAGGACAGGCAGAGUUUACAGCUAUGCGGGACCAGUACAUGAGGGCAGGUGAGGGAUUUAUCAUCUGUUAUUCAAUCACGGACCGACGCAGUUUUCAUGAAGUGCGUGAGUUCAAACAGCUCAUCUACCGUGUUCGGCGCACGGAUGACACUCCUGUGGUUCUUGUGGGGAACAAAUCUGAUUUGACACUGCUCCGACAGGUUUCCAAAGAAGAAGGCUCAGCUUUAGCACGAGAAUUCAGCUGCCCUUUUUUUGAAACUUCAGCCGCAUUCCGCUAUUAUAUCGAUGAUGUAUUUCAUGCUCUUGUGCGAGAAAUCCGUAGGAAAGAGAAGGAAGCAAUAAUGGCCAUGGAAAAAAAAUCCAAACCCAAAAGCAGCGUAUGGAAAAGACUGAAGUCACCAUUCCGAAAAAAGAAAGAUUCAGUGACCUGAAGGGGAGGGAUGUAUCUGUCAAACUGUGAACUGGAAUAUAUAAUCAAAGCAGUUCAGUGACCUACAUUUUUGAGCAUUAUGCUUUCCUCUCUAUUUUUUGACUAUUUUAAAAGGAAAUCUAACUAUUAGGAGUUUUGUGGGGGGGCUGCGAUUUACGUUGUUGUUUAAAGUAAUCUUCCCCCCAGUUUCAGAAUGUUUGGUCUAUGACAUAGCAGUGGGUUUUACUUUUGUUUACGGUCAGUUUCUGACUUGGAUCCAGCAAAUGUCACUGAUGUAGUUGGUUGCAAAUGCUGUUACGUAUGUUCCUGCACUUUUAAAUGUUUGUCUGAAGGGAUCUCAGCAUAAUGAAAACUGAACUAUGUAGAAUGUCUUUGAACUUUUACUUAGAGCCUAACUUAGUUGUUGUGGUUUUUGUUUUUGUUUUUCCUCUUUCCUGGAGGAUUGCACAACAAAGUUUGCUGCUUUCUGGAAAAGUAAUUCACAGUUUGAGAAGGCUUGUCAAGAUCAGUGUUAAAAGUAAUGUUAGUGAAGCACAUAUAGCAGACUAGUGGAACAAACUGUGUGCACAUGUCAAUUGAGAAGAACUCAUGCUGAAAUUGCUUUAUGUUCUGAUUGUGUAUUUUUCCAACAAACGAGUAAUGAUGGACUCCAUGUGCAUGUUUGUAUACAAAUAAUUAAAGGAAACAAGUGUAAUGCAACAGUAUAGUUUAGAUUUUAAACAAGUCAGGAAAAUUAAAAUUAUGAUUUCCAUGGCAGCCAUAACUUGAGAACAUUGCAUGAAUAUGUAGCAUUUUCUUAAUGUGUAUAGUGUUCUUAUACUGCCAUAGUAUAGUAUGUGCAAUGUGAUAGAGUUGCAGGGGCUCUUGGAAACUAGAGCUUUGACCUUCCUGACUUGCAUGCUUAAAAUCUUAUCUGUAAUGUUGCAUUGGCUUAUGUAUUUGCGUUAAAUUUCACGUUCUUUUCUUAAAGAAGCCAAUAUUGUUAGAUUGAAGUCUCAAACACAAAUUCAUUACAGAUAUUUUUUAUGCUUUGAGGCUCUGUACCCACACUGCACUGUGUUGUAGAGGGAGAGUGUAAAAUUGGAGAUUGCUGGCAAUAGGACCUAGCAGGAAUAACUCCAAACCUGGUGAGACUCAUCCAUUGCAGGUAGGUGGGGAGGUGAGGGGACAGUGAUGAUUACCUGGGCUUAAUGUCAGUCCUGAGAAUUAUAUAUACAUGGAUAUCCCUACAUAUACACACACUCAAGUGGGUAUAUGUAGAUAUUUGUGCCCAGUGAUCACUUAGGCUAAUUAGGAAGCUGGUGUUUUGUGAAGCAGCACAUUUUUCAAAUGCUGCAAAUUAAAUGUUCCUCAUGGCGGACUAUAUAUAUGUCAGUUCUGAAGAUUUUUAAUCCAGAGUUUAUUCGAGUAUAAAAAUAGCAUGAAAGAUGGAUUUUUUUUAUUUUUAAGUAACAUAAUUCACAUAGGUAACUCAGAAGUGGCAAGAGAAAAUUUAGGCUAAACAUAAUUUCUCAGAAAAUCAAACACUAAAAACUGUAAUUUAAAAUGAAAGUGCUUCCUUGCCCACAAGUAUAGUAUCACGACUGUAUUCUAUGAUUGGUUUUAUCAAUAAUUACAUUAACCAUACUGGGUUGGUGUCAGAUCUGUAUUUUCAGCCUUAGUUUGACACACAUGAUCAUUGUACAUUCAGAGUUGGAAUGCAGAGAUGUUAAGAUUUGUGUAUAAAGGAUUCGAUGAAAGCAACAAAUAGGGCAAAUGGGUGAGCCCUCAUGAUUUCCUGCACUAAACUGCUUAGCUUUUCCUAUUCUUUUGCGAACAGCUUCAUAGGAAAUGUAAGCUUUUUAAGUUUGAUUUUCUGUGUAGGAAAUCAGAGAAACUGAUACAGAAUUUUCUGCAUUUCUUCUGUUUUGAUUUUUUUUACUUUUGUAAAACUGUGCACCUGGACUACAAAGUUGUAUAAAUCAGUUUCUGGGUUCGUUCUUAUAAAGUUCCAUUGCAAAUCCA